GUGAAACUUGGCUGAGAAAUCUGUCUACAGUAUAAGCCACUGCAAACCCGUUAGCUGUUUCUGCCUGUAUUUCAUUUCUGUUUACCUAUUGACUGUGGUGACAGGGAUAACAGAAUCCUUACUCAAAUACUGGUUUCCCUAAGCACAGUCUGGUUAACAAAACUAAACACUUUUGUUCCUAUAAGAAGCCUUUUGAUGAUAUCUACAUCGAUUAUUGCCUUUCACCAUCCUUCGAAGAUACUUGCUGUUAACUGUUACGCAGCCCAUUGACUUGUCUGUUAAGGAAUCGUGAUGGCAAUGCACUGGAAUAACACCCUCUCUAUUAAGGAGACCUGUGUGGUCCAAAUUCAAUGAGUAGGAUAUAAAUCUGGAAUGGCACAUCGGAGGACGGAAACUACGGCUGCAUGCUUCGGCGUUGUGACUAAAAAAAUCCGCAGCCUUUUUCGACACUUCCCAAAGUCAAAGUCAUGGUCAGAAGGCUUGCAGCUGCUCCCAACACCCAACCAUGAGCUGCUGAUAGUGAGAGAUUAUAAAUUAUCUCGUCACUGGGAAUGUCAGAGCCUCAUACAGCUGGAGCAGAGUGAUGGAACUGCGACUAUAUCCCAUGAGAAAACAUUAAGCCUACAACUUGACAAGUUACAGAUCCAGGAUGUACCGAAAGAAGAAAAGAAGCUGAGUAUUCGGGAGCUGAAACAGAAGAUAGACAGCUUUAACGUGAUGGUACAGAAUGGCCUAAUCAUGAAGAUGGCAGAUGAUGGCACCUUUACCGGAUUCAUUAAGGUUCACCUGAAGCUUCAACGUCCAGUCACGGUAACAGACACUUCUCAGACACUAUCCAUUUACACCAUAGAGCAGGCGUCACCUAAUAAGCCAGCAGAGAAGCAGACCUCCUUCUACCUGCCGCUAGAUGCUGUGCAACAGCUGCACAUAAGCAGUGUGACAACUGCCAGUGAGGUCAUCAGGGGCCUUCUGCAGAAGUUCCAGGUGGUGGAUGAGCCCCUGAAAUUUGCACUGUUCAAGCAAACGCAGAGGGAUGAACAAGUUCUUUUUCAGAAACUGCCACUGGCGGAGCAUCCCCUAUACCUGCGCCUUUUAGCUGGGCCAGAAACCAAUGUGCUGAGCUUUGUGCUAAAGGAGAAUGAAACGGGAGAAGUGCAGUGGGAAGCCUUCACAGUUCCUGAACUACAAAACUUCUUGCUUAUUUUGGAGAAAGAGGAACGGGAGAAAGUACUGCAAGUGCAAAAGAAAUAUGUUUCCUUCCGCCAGCACCUGCAGGAAGCCCUCACUGAGACCACAAGAAAACCUGUAUAACUCUAUACGUCUCCAGUGACAGGCAAAUAUAUUUCAGAAAAUUUCUUGGAGCAAUAUCCGAACAUCUCAAAGGAGGAUAUUCAGUCAUUUGUUCUGCAUACUGCAAGGGAUAACACACAAUCAUUUGGGUUAAAAAAACAAAACCAUAUCUUAAAGACUAGAUGUCUCAAUAGGUGCCUUCACUGGCCAGGUCAAACACAGGACACAUUUGCACUUUUUGACCCUUUCCUAAUGAAACCUGACUAUAUGGACCAUGUAUGAGGCUCCAACAUCUCAGGGUCAAAGCAUUUAGGUUGUAUUUUGAACUCACAAACAUUUUGAGAUGACACCAAAAUCCAACAAUUCAUAUAGGAGCUGGAUACAUGUCAGGUAAACUAGAUAAUGAGCCAUAUGAAUGUUUUUGUGAAAUGCUGUGGUUUAACGAAGUUUCACAGCUAUGGACUAUGUAUCCUUUCCUCAUCAAAUAAUAAUAUUUAUUUAUUUAUUGCACAAUGUGAGGUUAUUCAAGCUAAAAGGUCAAGUAGAAACCUACUUAAACCAUUUUCAUUAGCGAUCUCUUGAAAGCCUGAAGAGCAGUUUGUUAAAUAGAGAAACUCCAAAAUAGCUAAUGAGUAAGGAUAAAUAAGGGGAUCCAUAAUCUGUGGAGAUGCUUUAUACAGUUAUUAUGUUAUGGCAUACCAUGCACCAAACUAAAAUUCAGUUGUCUACAGACCUCUCAAUAAAGGAAACACGCAGCUGCCUCUAGACAUGCAGGUUUGCAAUAGACGGAAAUAAGCCAUGGCUGUGAGUAAAACAGGAAUAGAUGUGGACAUUCAGAGUAAUUAAUUGUAUCAGGUGGCAGUUCACUUUCUUACACAUAGGGGUAAAUAUACUAAGAUGGGAGUUCUAUUUAAGAUGGAAUGUUGCCCAUAGCAACCAAUCAGAUUCCAGGUAUUAUCUUCUAGAAGGUGCUAGAUAAAUGAGAUAUAAAAUCUGAUUGGUUGCUAUGGGCAACACCCCAUCUUAAAUAGAACUCCCAUCUUAGUAAAUUUACCCCAUAGACUGAUGCUGUCUGGUAAUCGUGCACAAUGAGAUGCAAUAUUAUGGAAAAGAAAAGAAAUGUACAAAUUAGCUCUAUUUAAAACUAGCGUUACUAUCACACAAAGAAUUACUGUAAUUAUACACAGAUGGCAUUUCUAGUCAUGUAACGGGAUCAGUAUGAAAUACCUAUGGUCAAAAUCCCGACAACAAUUGACCAACGGUCAAAAUCCCGACAAGGUCAAAAUACAGACAUGUAAAAUACCGACAAGGUCAAAAUACCAUCAUUUAAAAUGUCGACGGGUCAAAAAGUUGGCAUGAAUGUUGACAUAGGUCAACAUGGACACCGUAUAAGUGUACCGCGUCCCCUCGCUGCGCUCGGCACACUAUUAUAUUCCCCCUCCAGGUCCACUGGGAUGGUAAGGUAUGAACAAGUCGGUUUCAAUGGGAAAAAAAUCAAGAAAAACUCAUGUCGACUUUUUGACCUGUCGACAUUUAAAAUGCCGGGAUUUUGAUCGUAGGUGAAUGGUUUUCGGUAUUUUGACUGUCUGGAUUUUCAUUCUAUGUAAAUUGAAUGCAUCCCCAUGUAACAACAGUUAAUAGACUUUAAAGGGUAAAUAAACACAAAUGCCCCUAUCCUUUCCGUAUUAAUUGGUUAGAUAGCGUUAGCCCAGCCAAUUCCGAUGACAUUAGGUAUAUCACAUACUCUAGGGACUGAGAGAAUAUACAUUACUUCAUACACAAGGCCCACUACAAAUCAAGACUCUUCACCAAAAGAUACUAGUUAUUCUGAAAGAUGGUGUAUCUAACCAAGAAUUGGGGAUUGGUUUUAUUUUGCCCAUUUAACCAAGUCUCACUUUCCUAAUCGCCAGUGAGUUCUCAGAACUAUAUAGCACCAUCACAAUUAUAAUGUAUACUGGCACCCAGCUCAGUGCUGCAAGGCGGCAAAUGGAGGCUUUAGUGCUGAUGAUGUAUAUUGUAAACAUGCCAAUAACAUCUUUUUUUUUUUGGAGAAGGGAAGAUGUUAAUGGUUAAAUCAAGUGUUUUUCAAUUGUAUGACAGAUAUCAUGCCAUCGACAAAGAUGUUUCCUGAGUAUUAGAAAGCAGAGGUAGAGUGUGAGUCAUCUGUUAAUGUGCCCUUUAUACUGCAUACAAAGACGCAACUGUUAGUCACGCAACUGAAACCUCUAGCGAGCAGUAAAUUGCAAUUCACAGAGUUAAAGCAUAAGCAAUCUGUUAGCUUAUUACCACUAUGUAAAUAAGUUUGCACUUUGAAAUAGAUAAGGAUAUUUUCUCAUACGAUUGGCAGGAAACACUUGGGCAAAUUCUGUGUUGGGUAUAUGCCUUUUUACAUUUACUAAAUGCAUGCAUACAUGUAUCAAUGGAAUAGGGCUAGAAGCCAAAAAAGAGAAAUGCACAAAACCCAGAACAAAAUGUAUUCAAUUCCAAAUAUAUUUAAUAUUGACAAAGCAUAGGAUCUUCCAAAUAUAUUUACCAAUGGUUACAAGGUAUUGUACCAUACUGAGAAAUUUCUAGUUUAGUUUAUUAUUUUUAAUAUGGUUAAUAGCAUAUAUUUCACACCCUCUUAAAAAGUAUAGCACCAUAAUUCUGAUUUCUGUUCCUGGGAUAAUUGUUUUGAGACUAAUAACAUCUAAAAAAUAGUACUUUUCCUGAGGGGCUGAUGAAGAGUUAAACUUAUACCCCUUUUCCACUUGUAGCACGGGUCGCAGUCGGGAGCCUGACACGGCUGCGACCCGUGCUAGAGCCCCCUUCUACACUAUAGCUCACCAACCCAGCAUAUUGCCGGGUUGGUGAGUGACGCUGCUGCUGACGCGGCAGGGGCGGCGCUGGGAGAUCACAUGAUCUCCCAGCGCCACCCUUCUAUACACUGAACGGGAGCUGUGUCGCAUCGACACAGCUUCCGUUUACACUAGGCAAGCUACCUGGGUAGGAUUCCCGAAUCACUUGAUUUAGGAAUUUGCAAGGGGGGGCAGUUUCCACUAGGAAAAAACACGGGUAAAUGCACGCCCCAGCGCAUUUACCCGUGUUUUUAGAGCUAGUGGAAAAGGGGUAUAACACAGAUCAUGUCCUGCGUGGAUUCACACAGCAUGGAGGGUCAGUCAGACCCGUUCGCAUGCAGCGGUUCUUCGCUGCGGUGCAAAUGGGUCAGAAGUGUGCAUGCACGGUGAACGCAUUGUGCACGCGCCGCCAGCGAGAAAUGUGAUCGCAGCGGCGAUCGCAAGAAGACGGACAGGCGGGAAGCGUUCCGGGGCGGAUACUCACCGUUUUCCAUGUGUGGUGAGUCCAACGCAGGCGGAUCCAUGCGUUUGGAGGGCGGAUGUCUAAUGUCAGGACCGGGACCUUCAUCGCUGGAUCCGUCGUACUGGGUGAGUAACUGCAGCCCUGGUCUUGUUUUACUUGUAACUUUUUUAGCAUAGCAGGGCUGCACAAGCGAUCGCAGCCCUGCUAUGCUAAAAUACACUUCCCCAUAGGCGGCGUUAGGUUGAUCGCACGAGCAGCAAAAAGUUGCUACGUGCGAUCAACUCUGAAUGACCCCCAUGGUCAGUAAAUGGUGCAGGUGGGAGCGAUGAAGGCUAAUACUCACUCCAACUGCAUGUACACUUACAAUCAGAGAGACAUAACAGAGUUGCAAUGGGGCAUCUCACAGUCAAAUGCUGUUUUUGAGCUAUGUAUGCCAAAUGUAAUUCAACUCUGGCCCCUAAUAUUUCUUAAUUGUAGUACUGUCUACUUUUCACAAAUGUGGACACAAAAGCAAUAUUGUCUGUCAAUCUAUAAUGUUGCUUCUGUUGUUUAUGGGUGCUUUUUUCAUUAAUUAAAGUGAUAUAACUGUUAUAGUAGUGACAACAUUAUCUUGGGACACUGUGUCUAACCUAAUGGGGAGAAUGACAUUUAUAAUAAUGCACAAAAUGAAACUAUACAUUUUGUAAUUAAAUUGACAAGUAUAUAUUAUUAUGCACAAGUUAUAAAUAAAUUAUAUAUUGAUAGUUUCCAUUUAUGAAACAAAGUAGUUUACCAGUUAAACUUUCCACAAGUAGGUACAAGAUGGACUCAGAUGCCAGUGAUGCUCGUUGCUUGGUUACCAAAUUGGAAAACUGGCGGUAGCCUUAUAUAUUAAGCGAUCACGCUGACUUCCCAAAACGUAUUUGAACAUCCACCCUUAAAACGUAAUCUUACGUUUCACCACAACUGUUGCUGUAUGCCUAAAUAAAACAAUAAUAUAGAUUGUUUUACAAAAAAACUAUCUGCCUUGAGCCAUUGUAAUACAAUCUUCUUGUCCGUUUUGGGAUAAAUGGCAAACUGCACAUUUUACUUGGAGCAAUGCAGUACUGCUCCACGUGGACCUAGCCAGCGGGUGUGCUGUGAGCAUGUCUCAAGCAGUUUGGCUGCAUCAAUGUGCCUGGUACAUUUGGCUUAUGCUCCAGUGAAUGUGACAUCUCUGGCAGUGCCUUGUUUCAUGCAGCUGUGUGUCUGAAUACACCUGCCAAGCUGCUUUUUGCUAUAUUGCUGUGUAAGAGUGAGGUACUCACAAAAUGACUGUCUUUUCUGAUGGUUGAAAUGAAUAGUGUUCUGCAGCUGCUGUUUAUUUUUUGUUUUUGUUUUACUUUGUUUGGAGAAUGUUUGAAAGGAUGUAAAGACUGUAGAAAAUACUUAUGUAUUAAAAAUAUAUUAUAUAUAUUAAACUGUUUCAAACAAAAACA